UCGCUGGGGGACCGCUCUAGGCCUCCUGGAGGACCGGUCUUCUCUAUUGGCCCAGCGGCAGCCUUACGCUUCUCCGGCGUCCCGGGGUGACGUGAUCAUUUAACGCGUUCGGGUCUCUGAGUGUCGUUGGUGUCCGUCCUCAGCAUGGGGCUUGCGGAGGUGCUCGGGCCGGUGUCCAGGUUCAGUUCUUUCAAGAGGACUCAGAUUAUACUGCAGCAUUUAGGAAUGUCUAAGCACACAGACUCAGAACCAGAAGUAUUAUUAGAAAGAAAAGGCUGUGCAGGAGUGGUGACAUUAAACAGACCAAAGAGUCUGAACUCAUUGACUCUCUCCAUGUUUCGACAGAUUUAUUCACAGUUAAAGAAAUGGGAACAAGAGCCAGAAACUUCUUUAAUAAUUAUAAAGGGAGCUGGAGGAAAGGCUUUCAGUGCUGGAGGUGAUAUCAAAGUCAUAUCGGAGGCAGGGAAGGCAAAACAGAAAUUGGCACAGGACCUCUUCAGAGAAGAGUAUAUUUUGAACUAUGCCAUUGGUACUUAUCAGAAGCCUUAUGUUGCACUUAUUCAUGGAAUUACAAUGGGUGGAGGUGUUGGUAUCUCAAUUCAUGGGCAUUUCCGAGUGGCUACAGAGAAAACGGUUUUUGCUAUGCCCGAAACAGCAAUAGGAUUUUUCCCUGAUGUGGGUGGAGGUUAUUUUCUACCACGGCUUCCAGGAAAACUUGGUUACCUCCUUGCACUCACAGGAUUCAGAUUGAAAGGUAUAGAUGUACAAAAAGGAGGAAUUGCUACACACUUUGUAGACUCUGACAAGUUGACUAUGCUGGAGAAAGAUUUGUUAGCCCUGAAAUCUCCUUCAAAGGAAAAUGUGGCCGAAGUCUUGGACACUUACCAGAUGAAGUCUAAAAUCGAUCAAGAUAAACCUUUCAUACUUGAGGAACAUAUGGAUGUUAUUAACAGAUGUUUUUCAGCAAGCACUAUGGAACAAAUUAUUCAGAAUUUACAAGAAGAUGGUUCACCUUUUGCACUAGAGCAAUUGAAGAUAAUUAAAAAAAUGUCUCCAUCCUCCUUAAAGAUCACAUUAAGACAGAUGAUGGAGGGGUCUUCAAAGAGCUUACCAGAAGUGUUAAUUAUGGAAUAUAGGCUGAGUCAAGCAUGCUUGAGAGGCUUUGACUUUUACGAAGGUGUUCGAGCAAUUUUGGUUGACAAAGACCAGAACCCUAAGUGGAAGCCAGCCAAAUUAGAAGAAAUAACUGAUGAAUUUCUGAAUGACUGCUUUAAGUCUUUGGGAAGUGAUGAUCUCAAAUUUUAACUGCAAUGACGGAUCUUUCUCAGAGCUUAUUAUGAGUAGACAAGUAAGAAAAAUGGAUUAGACAAUCAGCUCAAUUUGACAUGGCAGGUCCUUUUUCCAUGAUUGUGUGAUGAUCUAUUCAUUGAUUAGCUUAUGUAGUAUUAUAUGUAGACAAUAUUGAAUAAAGAUUCUUGAAAAGAUUGUGA